GUUGCCGUACACAGAAAGCGCUGAAGUCACUCUCUGUGCAAAACGCACUCCUUAGAUCAUCCAUCAUUUUGAGCCACUGACGCCAAUGAAUCAACUAUGCUCGUGGAGACAUCUCCAUGACAUGCCUGAGCAUGGAAAUGCCUGACUUGACGUUAACGAAUUUUGACUCCAACCUGGUGAGGCAAACGAUCUGUUGACGAUGAAUUCGAAACCUACUGUUGGAGGGAGAAAACCGUGGGUUCAUCUUCUACAUUGAUGGUAUCAUUAUAUCCAAGGAAUUACUACAACACGCUUGGAAGAACGCAGUUCAGAAAACCCUUUUGAAUCCGUGAAUGUGGAUGAAUGAAAGCGAGUUUUCAUCUCAAGAUAUGAGUAAUUAUUUCAACAAACAAUAACUUCCAACCACAAAAACAGAUGUUUUUUUUAAUUGAACGCAACAGUGUGGACUAUAUGAAGCCUUGACCGGCAAUUUGAGCUCUAUUUUCCAGUCUUAUCACCCAGGCAACAUAAAAUAAAAGAAUCAUCACCGUCCACUGGUGGCGAGCCCAGCCUUCUCUUGUCGGGCAAACAAAAUGAAUCGCGGCAAGGCCUUGAAAGCCUCUAUGGUGAGGCUGGUCUUCCUCUUCCACGGGCUGGUCAGCGUGUUCGCUGCGGUCUACACCACCCAGGUCUCCAUGUAUUGGUUUAUCGCUGUCGCUGCCGUGCUGUCCAUGUUUGAGAUGAUACUUACCUACAAACUGAACGAAAAGGGCGAGUGGAAAUGGUUUGUGCCGUCGGUCUUCAUCUAUCUAACGAUGGUCAUUCCAGUGGUGUGGAUCUUGGAGAUUGCCAUGCUUAACUUCAGACUGAACUUACAGGACCAGCUGGGUACGGAGCGCUGUGUCACCAGGCUUGAAGAUUACGGCUGCUUCGACGAAACCAACUUCACACAGAAAGCAGCCGUCGUGUUGAAUCAAGAAGAUGUGGACGUUUACAACUUACGCUCAAAUUUCUCGACGACCAUACAGCAAACUCUGAUGCUCAUCCUAAUCUUGGGCAGAUGGCUACUACCCAAGGGUCAGUUAACCCGUGACCAGCUCUCUCAACUCCUACUGGUCUACAUCGGCAUGGCCGCAGACAUGCUAGAGUUCUCCUCAGAGACGCUCCGCCUGGAGAAGAUCGCCUGUAGCCUGAGCAUCUUCUACGCCAUCCUGGUAGUGUGGACGUGGAGCCUGAUGCAGUUUACCCUGGGCCUGACAGCCACCAAGGCCCGCAAGCGACGGGUGGCCGCAAAAGUCUACAAGUCAGAGGAGGAAGAGUUAAACAAGCGGCGUUACAAGCACUCCAAGAAAGUGUCCGUGUUUCUGUGCGGUACAGAACUCUGGGCCUUGGUCACUUCCUUAGCCAUCCAAGACGGCCCGUACCUCGUAGUACGCCUGUAUCUCAUCUUCGGUCUCGGUAUCUUCGACCAGUCCACGGUCUUCUUCACCUGUAAGAACGCGUUGCUGCUCUUCUUGCAGUUUUACCGUUUAUCUGUGGUCUUGUCGGAAACCAACAAGACGCACGAGAAGAGCCUGCGUAUCCGCCGGAGGCUUUCUCAUUCUGCUGGUGGGGAAGAUAAGGACGCUGCACCACAUGUUGACGAGUUGAACUCUGUUGGCGACGUGGCAAUGGCGGUCAUAUCCGGUAGCAUUGUGCCAAAUGGCCACAUCCAAAGAUCACAACUGACCAAUCACAGCAGCGGUGAUGACACCGUACCACAUCCACCCAACGGCAUCGUAACAACCCAGGCUGAGUUGAACGACCUGAGAGUAGGAAACAGGUCGCCCGAUGGAUCGAUGAGGAAUCGUAAGAUGAACGGGGGACCGAAAGUGGAUGCAAACGACACCGAUGGACAUUCACAUCACACAGUGACCUUUGCCCUCGAUGAUGACUGAUUUAAAUUCC